AUACGUCACAUCCGGUUAAAGUUGUCAAAGUAGAGUAGGCAAUGUGUAUAUGACGCGUAUAGUGAAUUCAAAGUAAAGUGACUGUGCAAUUAUGAAUCCGAAUAGAAACGUCGUGUGUUUACUGUUGCUCUUUGUAGGAAUUUUAUCGUAUUUAGAUCAAAAAUGUGUCGAAGCAAAAUCGAAUCGGCAGAAGGCUCCGCUGGUCGAGGAGGUUUCUGACGUGAAGGAGCUGAAGAAACUGCUGCGCACAAAGAACAACGUGCUGGUGUGUUUCGUGAGCUCGUUAAAGCGAGCUGUUCCGACCGUCAAGGUGUUCCGUGAGGCCGCGGGCGCCGUCCGCGGGCAGGGCACGAUGGUGCUGGUCGACUGUUCGGGGGAGGCCCGCAAGAUGUGCCGCAAGCUGAAGGUGGACCCCGAGCCGGUGGUGCUGCGCCACUACAAGGACGGCGAGUUCCACAAGAACUACGACCGCCCACUGACCAUGCAGUCCAUCGUCAGCUUCAUGCGGGACCCUGCCGGCGACGCGCCCUGGGAGGAGGACCCAGCCGCCACCGACGUCGCGCACCUGCCCGAUGCCACGGCUCUCCAGAAGGUGCUGCAGCGCAGGGACGGCCCGCGGCAGAUGCUGGUGCUGUUCUACGCCCCGUGGUGCGGCUUCUGCAAGCAGCUGAAGCCGGACUACGCGGCGGCUGCGUCGGAGCUCAGGGGCAUCGCCACGCUGGCGGCCGUGGAUGUCAACCGUCCGGAGAACGCGGUCCUCCGGCAGAAAUACAACAUCACGGGCUUCCCCACCGUCAUCUACUUCGAAAAUGGAAGCCAGAAGAUGGUGUACGAGGGAGAGAACAAGAAGGAUGCACUCGUAAGGUUCAUCCGGAACCCCGAGAAACCUCCAGAAAAGCCAAAGGAGAUUCCCUGGGCUGAAACUGAUACCUCUGUCACUCACCUCACCACAGAGACAUUUGAUUCUUUCCUUGAGGAAGAGCCGUCUGUGUUGGUGAUGUUCUACGCACCGUGGUGUGGGCACUGCAAGAAAAUGAAGCCAGAGUACGAGAAAGCUGCCGAGACGCUGAAGGCGCAGAAGAUUCCGGGAGUGCUGGCAGCUCUAGACGCCACGAAGGAACAGGCGAUAGCGACACGUUACGACGUCAGGGGCUACCCGACGCUCAAGUACUUCCGCGACGGUGCACUGGCGUACGACGUCGGGACGCUGCGGGACGCCGACCGUCUGACAGAAUUCAUGCGGGACCCGAAGGAACCUCCGCCACCGCCGCCCCCGGAGAAGCCGUGGAGUGAGGAGGAGGGCCAGGACGUGGUGCACCUCACGGAGGAGACCUUCAAGCCCUUCCUGCGCAAGAAGAAGCACGUCCUCGUCAUGUUCUACGCACCCUGGUGCGGCCACUGCAAGAGGGCGAAGCCGGAGUUCGUCCGGGCGGCGGCGCGGUUCCGCGAUGACCCCAAGGUGGAGUUCGCGGCCGUCGACUGCACGGAGUUGGGCGCAGUGUGCGCCGCCUUUGAGGUGAAGGGCUACCCCACCGUGAAGUACUUCCACUACCUCAACAAGGAGAGCCGGGACUACGGCGGCGAGCGGACGGAGGAGUACUUCGUGCGGUUCAUGCGCGACCCCCUGGGCGCCGCCGCAGACUCUCCGGCGGACACGGCGGAGGCGGAGGGGUGGGCCGCGCUGCCGGGCGGCGACCACGUCCGGCUGCUGACUGAGGCGGACUUGGACGCUGCCGUCGCCUCGCCUGCACCCACGCUCGUGCUGUUCUACGCCCCUUGGUGCGGGCACUGUCGCAGCAUGAAGGCGGACUACGCGCUGGCGGCAAAGCGGGCGCACGACGAGAAGCUGGGUGCGACGGUGGCGGCGAUCGACGCCUCGACGGCGGCGACUGUGCGCGGCCGUUUUGAAGUCCCGGGAUUCCCUACGCUGAAGCUCUUCCGCUCGGGUUCCGUAAUCGGGGACUACCGGGGCGCCCGAACCGCGGACGGGUUUGUGUCGUUCUUGAGGACCGCCGUACGUGACGAGCUCUGAGCCGACCGAGAAGGCAGAGGAAAGACCCGAGCUCUGCAGAGAUUCCUCUCGCGCGGUGCCGACGUCUGUCUGUCGGAGGUGUAUUUAUUGGCGUUGUCACUAAUUUAUUUGCACAAUGCGAUCUGUAACGGUAGUCUUACUUAGGUAUAACGGGACUGUUCCUCAGGUACGGAGCUCUCCACUCUGCCAAUCUUGUCAUGUCAGAGUGUGAAGAGUGAGCUUGUGUUUCUAGAUUUUUGGUGAAGGGAUUUGUAACAGUUGCACUUCGUAUUAUCUAUAACAUUUUCCCACUUGUGUGUGCCCUCGUCAAUGUGGGUGUAGAUACUGAAUGUCUCGCUCUUAGGUUUUCCUACUGCCACAAAGUGUCAUCGUCCUUAUCCCUGUAGUAGGUGUGACAAUUUAUUAUUUUUAUGUUUGAAUUGCAAGCACAAGUUAUCGAUACCGUGUACAUUUGUUAUUCUCCCAUUGCACGUUUCUGAGGAUUACACAGCUGUCAUCUGGUGGACCUGUUUCAAUUAGUGAAUCACAGACAAUUUGUAUGUUUAGCUUUUCUGCAAUCUGAAACAUCACCUUCCUGUUGUGAAAGGCUUCUUUUCCAGUUGUAUUUAUACUAGAUACUCUUUCUAUAAAGUAUAUUUAUAGAAUACGUUUGUUCGUGUGGCCACUUUCUCCAGCAACUGUUAAAAUCUGUCAUACAGGUUAUCUGUCUCGAGUUGACUGCAAUCUAAUUAAGAAGAAUUACACCAGACGUGUUUCGCUUUUAUUUAUGAAGCAUCUUCUACUGUUAUUCGUGUUUCUUUAAAUAUUCUGUUCCUUCCCUCCUUGCUAGAAGUGGUUGGUGUGGAAAGCCUUCAUUUCACAUAUGCACUAGGCAGUUUUUGGCAUUCUGGUGUAUUUUCUGCACUGCCUUAUUUACACUUCACUUUCUUAAACUGCUUCUCAUUCCACACUGCCACUGUGGUGGUGAAGUGUAAAUAAUGCAGCACAGGAAAUUUUGUAGAAUGCCAAAGACUGCAGAGUGCAAAUGUGAAAUGAACCAACUGCUGCUAGCGAGGAGGGAAGGAACAGAAUAUUUAAAGAAACACCAAUAACAGUGGAAGAUGCUUCAUAAAUAAAAGCGAAACAUGUCUGGUGUAAUUCUUCUUAAUUAGAUUGCAGUCAGCAUGAGACGGAUGACCUAUUUGGAGAGAUUUUAAUAGAAAGUGCACGCCAUGUGAAUACGACUGGAAAAAGAGCCUGAUGGGGCCACAGAUAACUCAAAAUUUGCACGUACAAAUCAUCCACAUCUGAUUGAUCUAAAUCCACCUGGUGGUGGCAGUGUCCAUCAUCGUCAGUCGGUUGACUUAAUGCAGAAUGUCGUGACUUUAUUUCUCAUGUAACUGUACCGUCUUCUUCACUUGUUAUUCUUCUUUGUGGUAUUUUACCUUCAAUAUUGCCUGGUUAUAUGGUCUUUCAAAAUUAUUCCCUUUCUUCCUAAAAUGUGUCAAAGGAGCAUGAAGUAGCUUUAACUGGCACAGGAAGAGACAUUUCUUGUGAUGCUAAGUUCUUCUGUAAUGAAAGCAUUGCUUUUCCUUUCUGUCUGCGUUAUUCGUAACAUCUUUCUCCGACACCACAUCUUGGGGGCACCUCGUUCUAGCCUCCGCAGUCCACGUCACGCGGCCCUUACGAGAACGUGGGGAACACCGCUGAUUCCACUGAGCACUAUCUUUUUCCUUAUAUUGUUACAAAUAAUAGCUUAGUUCUCCGGCCGGUGUGAAAAACUUCGGUUGGACAAUUAUUUGCAAAUGCCAUUCGUAUCGUAAUUACUAAGUUACUUUAUGAGCUGUUUUGUACCUCUCUCAACUUCUUUUCUUACUGCAUGCACUACUGUGAAUGUUUGUUCCAGAAACCAGAAAGUGUUGGUCUUUCAUAAUUAACCUAACUUUACAAUUUUUAUAUUUCUGAAUACUGUUCUUGUUCUCCAAAUGUACUAAAAAAAAGUAUUUUCACUAAAAUAGUAUUUCUUCUUUGAGAGAAAUCUGUGUUCAGCCAGAAGUAGUAAUCUUUAGAGCACCAAGUGGAUUGCAAAAUGCUUGCCUUUACACUCAACCAGUAAAGAAUGUCAUUAUCAGUGCUAACCAUGAAGAAUUAUGGGUUCCUUGAGAUAUUCAACUUUAGAUUAUAUUACACUUGUGGUUAGAGAUAGUCACAUAUCAGAUGUCAGGCACUUUGGGGAAACACAGUGUCUCUAAGCCUGUGACAAUCUCUCUGCGAACUCGCAAAGUUAUUGAGGGUUUUAUGGGCAUUCUGGCUUCUUGUUUCAUAUAACUGCUGUAUCAUAUAUUUACAGAAUGCAGUUCAGUAGAAAAUAUAUGGAUCAUGUUUUCUUCCUGUAAAGGCACAGCAUUUUAAAUUAGCAAGUGUCGUCCAGGCAGAAUCUUCCACAUAAGAUAGGAUACCUGUGUCCUGCCUUUCCCCUAUGCACAUAACAAAAUUGUGCUAUAGGAAGUGUGUACGUUGUUCGAAUGAAACAUCAGAAGUUGUUUUGUGUGCUCUGUAUAAGCUGAGAGUGGAUCUGCAAUCAGCAGUGACAUUAACAGUGCUGUUUUGGUGUGUAAUUUACAUUUUACUUUUUAGUAGAACAUUGGUGCUACCUUUCCUGUAUUGCUGAUUAAUUAUGUUAUUAUUCAAUCUGUGCUAAAGGAUAAGCAUCUGAGUAUUAAUUAGCAUGUGCAUUAUUAUAUUUGUGAUACUCAUUUCUGUUGUUGUAGUGAAACACUGCAAGUUUGCAUAAUUUAUAUGUAGGCCUACACAAUGAGUUUGCUAUGUAUAUAUUGUUGCUGAGCUUUCUCUUGGAACAGUUUUGCAUUGGUUCUGGGGAGAGGACGUAAUUUUCAAGGUUGCAUACUAAGAACAUAAAUUUAGUAUUAAAAUGGAAUGUUUUCAUAUCUUUUUGUAAGUCAAAUAUUUCUCAGUAUUUAAGAGAAGUUUGCAGCAUAUCACUUAAAUGUGCCUAAAAUCUGAAUGUAAUGAAUAUUCAGAUAACUUACGGGACCUGUGUGAAAGAUGUUCCUCAGCUGCAUUUUCAUUGGUUAUUUGAAUAUGUCUAAAAUUGUGUAAGCACACUGCACCUGCUUUGGAAAUGCACAAAGAGUUAUUUAUAAUCUUUUGAGUUGUUUUAAUAGUUAAAUUUGUACUUUCACAAUCUACAUCUACACGGACACUCUGUUAAUCACACUUAAGUGCCCGGCAGGGGGUUCAUCGAACCACCUGUGAGAUAAUCCUGUAUUAUUCCAAUCUUGAACAGCACACAGAAAAAACGAACUCCGGUAUCUUUCUGUGUGAACUCUGGUUUCCCUUAUUUUAUGACGAUCUAUCAUCCCUGUGUAGGUCGUAUUUUCGCGCAGUUACCAGAUAUCUUCGAUCUUCGGUAGAGAUUAAAGUUUCAAAUUUACUUUCAAGCAUCUAAUGUUGAAGUUGCUUCGAUGUGAUAAUGUGUAAGGAGCUAAGUGCUCGUGUGGUGUUUGGCAUUGAUGGUAGCAGUGGAAACACUGUCAGGAAAUAAAAACAGUGUCAGAGGUGAGACUGAGUGAUGUGAAUGUAAUUAGGGACUAUAUUUUUAAGUUUUUCCAUUAUAAGGGACCACAGUCACGUAGAACAUUUUGAAAGAAACUUCUACUAUUUGAUUGUAAAUUACUAUUAAUUUAUUUCACAUAAUCACGAUUUUGGCUUUAUAGCCAUUCUCGAGUGUAAGUUUAAAUGUCACAAAAUGUCCAACUCGGUCUUACAAACCGGUCGUAUCGCUCGUAUCCCGUAAUACGACGACACGAUCGUGAGACCAGAGAUAAGCUAUUUCAAUGGUGACGCGUCAUUUAGGUGUCUCGGACAUUUUGUGACAUUUCAGCUCGUCCUCUAGCAUGGCUAUAAAGCUGAAAUUGUGAUAUGUGAAAUAAAUUGAUAGUAAUUUACAGCCAAAUAGUGGAAAUUUCUUUCAAAAAAAUAUUUCGAAUGCAGGGCACUUUUAGAAAGAAAAUAGGUAUUGUGAAAUUAUUGAGUGACAGAAUAAUAAAUGACCAGUAAGGGCUGUUUAGGAAACUGAGACUAAAUAUGAAUACUACUACAAAUGAUCAGGUUACCUUCCAUUCAGAAAGCUGUCGCACUCGGCGACUGUUAUAUUGACUUGUAAAUUGUAGAUUGCAGCGAUCAGUUGUCCUUUUUAAAUGUGAUUGUGCAGAUCUAGAUUUCAGCUAGAACCUAACCAUUCUCGAUGCACUGUUAUUUUUGCUCAGUGCACGUAAUGCCUGUCGGUCGGGCUUCAUCCACAGUUAAAAGUCAGACUGACACCAGGUCAGAGUAUUUGACCUCCUCAGUAUGUGCCAUUCCUCUGGAGAAAGAGCAUGUCGAUUCCAAUGAGACAGACCUGGUACAGACUGAAAUACAGUCAGUAAUGUGAAAUUCUGAAAGCAGAACAAGGGUGGGUGGUGACUGAUCAAUCUGCUUUGUACUUGGGAAAAGGGGGUGUGCUGCUUGAGAUUGUGAGUCAUUUCUCUGUUUGAGUUUCACGAAUGCUGAGGUGAGGUCUUUUUUGACACAGGUAAUAAAUGUCGGUGUCCCAUCUCUAAUGAGCUUUAAAUUGAUGACACAGCUGUACCUUCCGCCUUCAGUUUCCUCAGCAUAACAGUGCCUCCGUACAGACUGCCACAUGACUAUGACCCCCUCCCCCUCCUCCAUAUUCCAUUGGAGCUAAUGUGUCUUCAUAUAAAUCCUGUAUCUGACAAUGUCUGUCAGUAAAUAAUGUAGCGUGCAAAACACCGAGCGACUGCUUCGGGGUUGUGUUUUCUGAAGUGGAGCACCACGUGAUACACACUGAGCAAUAUAAAAACCCCGUACGAUAUUCAUUUGUUGCAAAACAACCCUACACAUAUUUAUGUGACAUUUAGUACAAAUCUGACUCUUAUAAGAUACUCUCAGUAUUCUUGCUGUGUCGAGCUAGAAUAAGAGCUCACCUUUCGGCAGUAGUUUGUCGUCACCGUCUAGAACGUCAGACUGUCGACAUACUGUGAGACAUGUCCGUGUCUGUCUGUCUGUUCGCUGUCGCUCCUGUCGGAAUGUUACCGACCCGGCAAAUUUCUCUGUUAGUCUCCCGACACUGAAAGCCAGCUUCCGAGUUAUUCCCGAUGUCGGCCACCAGUCUGAUAAGUGUAGAAGAUAUUUUAUAUCAAAUCGAACAUAGUUGUAACACUGUGUUCGGCAACAGUCGAUUUUUCUGAAUAAUGAAUUUUAAUAAGACACUGAUGCUCGGACACUGUACGGGUCGAAUGGCCAUUACAGUUCCUAUAAAUCUCGUUCGUUUUAUAUAUUUUUUAAGUGUGCUGCACAAAUUUAAAUGUCUGUAUAGUUAUAACUAAUUUUUGAAUAAGAAAAUUGUUUGUUCUCGGUUAGCUCAGACAGAGAGAUCCAAAAAUUUGCUGUGGCAUUAUGUAAAAUUAUGCAAAAUUCCCAAACCUAGAUUAUUUAUGUAACUAUUUAGCAAAUGGUGAAUUGAUUCUUACGUGAGCAGUAGUAUUAGUUGUUUGUGUUUAUGCAGUAGGCAGACACUCUGUGCUCACGUGAACCACUAGGAUGGCCUCCGCCUCAGCUAGUCAGGUGUCAGCUGCAAAUGUCGAGUUUUGCUAACCUGCCUGAUUUGUCCUCCACUGUUUCACUGAUAAUUACGACGUAAACAGAACUGUAGCAGCCACAUUCGCUCAAUUUGUAAGUAACUUCUAAAAAUAAUUGUGUAGCUGUAUCAUUUGUAGCAGCACCAUACAGUUUAUAUGCAAAACUCGGCAGGUUGUUGUAGUUCGAAUUCUCUCUGUAAUCGUUUUCAAAAUUUUAGCUUAUGUCACUAUAUUAACUGUACUGUUUAAUUCUGGGCUCAAACUGCUCUUUUGUCGAUCUCAAGUUCGCUGUCACGUACGUAAAUCAGUAUCGGACAAGUAUCGGAAUCUCUUCUGUUCGGCUGACGUGCUGCGGCACGUCUCCUCGUGUUGUAAAGCGGUCUGAAUGCUUCUCACUUGAUCUGUACGAUAUAUAGUGUGAAAGUUUUAAGAGAACUGAUGUCAUUUUUGACAUAAGAUGUGAUUUUGAUAGUAGUGUGUAUAAAGUUAGAUUAAAGCUGUCAUAUAUUUUUCUAAAAGGAACUAUCAAAAUGUUAUGAAACUAAACUGUUUUUAUAUUGUGUGCUACUGACAUACAUAUAUAUGUGUACACGUAUUGUAAGAACUAAAUGGCAAAAUCAGGGUAAUUUUUGACGUAUACUUUAUGUGAACUAUCUGUGUGGAGUGUCUGUGCUGUCCCUGACAGAACUUUAUAUUCUUGUAGUAAGCUUUCUGUCAGCUUCUUCAUGUGUGUCUAUUAUUUCGUACUGUGGAUGUAAAUGGAACAAAAAUUACAAAAGGUAUUAGACGUUGCUGUAGCCUUUGAUAAGCACAGAUUGUGUGUCAUUGUUCAAUGUUCAGUGUCUGUAACCUUGUCGGUAUGUUUUGAUAAAUAAUAUAUCUAUUUACAGACCUAUAUUUUGUUUUUUAUGAGUUCCAAUAGCCGCACAUUGCGGACGGGUCGAAACUGUCGAGAUCGAGAGGCAGCGUCCGGAUCCGUCCGUCCCGAGGGAUGGGACAGCGGUGGCUCCGCCGGCUGCACUGCACGGCGGGAUCUCAUUUUCUACGUGUGUACCAGAUUUUGUGUCUUACUGAAUACUUGGUGGAAAAAUAAAUCAAUAAACAGAG